AUGAUUGAAAACGUUUAUUUAUGUGAGAGAAGAAAAAGUGAAAUAGAAUCUGAUGGAGAAUAUACAAAUGGUGGUGCAACUCUUAUACCUACAUAUUAUUAUCAAUUUUUACGUUUAUCAAAUGAAAAUAUUCAUUUAUUUCUUAAUUAUUUUUUUAAUCUUGUUUAUCGUGAAACAAAUCAACGUGCUCAAUAUCCUAUUGGUCUUAUAGAUGAUGGUACAAGAUAUUUACCUGAUUUAGUUGAUUAUUUUAGUGUUAACAUAUACAAAAAUGAUUGUUAA